GCUUUAAUUGAUCGAAUGUUAUGUGCUUUACAGGAUGAAGAUGAGUGGAAAGAAUUUGAGCAGAAAGAGGUGGAUUACAGCGGCCUCAGAGUUCAGGCAAUGCAAAUAAGUGAAAAGGAAGAAGAUGAUAGUGAAAAAAGAGAAGAUCCAGGUGAUAAUUGGGAAGAAGGUGGAGGUGGUGGUGGUGGUAUAGAAAAAUCUUCAGGUCCCUGGAAUAAAACAGCUCCGGUACAAGCACCUCCUGCUCCAGUAGUUGUUACAGAAACCCCAGAACCGGCAAUGACUAGUGGUGUGUAUAGGCCUCCUGGAGCCAGGCUAACCACAACAAGGAAAACUCCACAAGGACCACCAGAAAUAUACAGUGACACACAGUUCCCAUCCCUGCAGUCCACUGCCAAGCAUGUAGAAAGCCGAAACAGGGAUAAAGAAAUGGAGAAGAGCUUUGAAGUAGUAAGACACAAAACUAGAGGUAGGGAUGAGGUUUCAAAAAACCAGGCCCUUAAACUUCAGCUAGACAACCAGUACACUGUGCUUGAAAAUCAAACAAACAGCCACACACAGUACAAUUAAGGAAUGGUCUUUGCUACCCCUUCCAAGGUAACUAGACCACCGUUAACCACCAUGAACAGCCAUUCAUCAUCUGAUCUCUGCUGGAGCGACAGCAACCGAUGCAGACCCCUCGAUAUAAGUGACCGGCCCUAUCGCACUAUGGAAGUUUCAAGUGUCACAAUUGCUCUAUGUAUAUUGAAUUUAGGAGGAUUUUCAUUGUUAUAAAUGUGUGAACUAGA